CCAUAAUCAAAAUGAAAUUCGCUAUUGUUCUCCUUGCCUGCCUUUUGGCCGUUGCCUACGCCAACGAAGAAGCUGAUGUUGUUAAGGAAUUCAGCGAAGUCAACAAGGAAGACUUCAAAUAUGGCUAUGAAUUGACUAACAAAAUCCGUGCUUUCCAAGAAGGUCAUUUGGAAGGCGAAAAACUCUGGCUAGUCAAGGGUGAAUAUGAAUUCGUCAGCAAGGAGGGCAAACACAUCAAAGUCACCUAUACCGCCGAUGAUUACGGUUAU